AUGGAAACGCGUUCGGAACAGCGACGACGAGAGCUGUCCGAGAGACGGCAACGGGCCACCAAACUCAUCAGCCGCAAAUGGGAGGAGGGCGCGACCUCGCCCCGUGGCGAAUCGGUGCAAGACCAAAGCGGCAGUUUGUCGCCACCUACAUCGCCACCGUCGGGCGGUGGCGGGAGGACCAGCGCUCUCGCCGCCUCCGCGCCCGCGCCCGAUGUGAGCGACGACGAGCGGCAGCGCGAGGAGCGGCUGGCCCGGCGCGAGGAGCGAAGGCGACAGCGCGAGGAGGAGGAGCGCGAGCACCUCAACCGGCUCGAGGAGCGACGCAGGCGGCGCGAGGAGCUCAAGGCCCAGAUCGGUACCUCGCCCUCGGGCUCGCGUCGCUCCAUCUCUGUGUCCGACCCUGUCCCACCAACGUCGUCGCCAUUCUCAUCGUUGCCGACCGCCGAUUCGCUGUGCACCUCGCCGCCCAAGACGUCGCCGCGGUCGUCCACGUCCCACGCGAGCUCGGCGGACGGCGCCGACCCGGCGCCGCUGGUCUCCCCGCGCCGCAGCCAGUCGGUGCGCCAGAGCAGCGACGGCGGCGGCCAGCGCACGUCGCCGCGCAACUCGCCGCGUCGCACGGCCGCGGGCAGCAUGAUCGCGCUGGGCAGCGGCAGUGACAGAGCGACGACGUCGCCUUGCGAAAGCCCGCGCAGCGAGGGCGAGACCAAGGAGGAGCGGGCCAAGCUGCGCGGCGCGCUGCUCGAGCUCGAGGAGCUGCAGAAGGCCAACGAGAAGGACCUCAUGAAGCGCGAGAGCUUCCUCGACCUCCAGUCGCUCGUCACCCACAUGUCCGGCGGCGGUCCCGCCUCGUCGCCCGUGGCCUCGCUCCUCAACAGCACCGCGGGCUCGUCCACGCCGCUGGCCUCCAUCGCCAGCCUCGCCACCCUGCAGAGCAACGCAGCGGCCACCACCACCAACGGCAGCAGCAGCAACAACGCGCAGCAGCCCCGGAAGGAGGUGCUGUCGCCGCGGGAGAGCGCCCGGGCGGCGAAGCAGGCGAAGAAGGACAUCUCCAAGCACUCGAAAGAGCUCGAGGCCGCGGCGGCGGCAGGUGGCGGGAAGAAGAAGGGGUCGACCCUGCUGGGCAAGCUCAAGCUGCCCUCGCCCACCAUGAACCGCAAGAAGACCCGCCCAGAGACGACCGUAGACCCGAUACCCGCGUUCGCCUCCCCAACGACGCCGCAAAAGGCCAAGGAGGACAAGAAGAAGGCGCAGCUGCGCAACUACACGAUUGCCGGCGGGAGGGGCGUGCAGCAUGAGCUCCCGCUCGGCGUGUCGUGGAAGGACCUCAAGGCCAUCCUCGCCAGCAGCAACGCGCCCACCACAGAGCGCAUGGUCAAGUCCCUGCCCCUGCCCCGAGACACGCGCUUGACGCGAGAGGAGCUGUUCGGCAGCCGCAGCGUGCCCAACCUUCAGGUGCUGCGGAAGCACCUGUUCGAAGAAGGUCGUUUGGAAAUCGAUCUGGCGAAGGAGAUACUGGCCAAGGGCAAGGCCCUGUUUGCCGCGUGCCCCAACGUUCUCCAAAUCACCGGCCCGCUGGCCAUUUGCGGAGACGUGCACGGCCAGUACUACGACAUGCUCACUCUGAUGGACACGGCGGGUCAGCCCAAGGACACGCCCUAUCUCUUCCUCGGCGAUUAUGUCGAUAGGGGCUGCUUCUCGACGGAGGUGUGCUUCUAUCUGACGGCGUGCAAGAUCAACUAUCCGCAGACGUUCCACCUGCUGCGCGGCAACCACGAGUGCCGACAACUGGCCGAGUUUUUCAACUUCAAGGCCGAAUGUAAGAGUAAGUACGAGGAGUCUAUUUAUACGGAGUUUAUGGAGAUGUUCGAUGCGCUGCCGUUGGCCGCGGUCGUCGACACCCAGCAGGGCAAGUAUUUGGCCGUGCACGGUGGUCUCUCGCCCUUCAUCAAGAACGUCGACGAGAUCAAGAAACUCGACCGAUUCUCCGAGCCGUACGAUCUCAACGCGCGCGAGCACCAGACCGUGACCUACCUCUCCAACCGGAACCGCGGCUGCGGCUACCUCUACGGCUACAAGGCAGUCACAGAAUUUUUGCAGUACGGGUACGCCGAGCACUGGUUCAAGCAGGACUCGCUACGACCCGCCGACGACGAGACGGAGAAUCCCACCCAACGCGUGCCGCCCGUCAUCACGGUCUUCUCGGCCCCCAACUACUGCGAUCUCUACCAGAACAAGGGAGCGUUCAUGUGGUUGCAAGCGGACGGCAAGUACGAGUUCAAGCAGAUUUCGUGGACCACGCACCCGGCCUACCUCCCGCAGUUUAUGAACGGCAUCACGUUCUCCUUCCCCUUCAUCGCCGAACAACUGUCCAAGUUUUGCCUCACGAUACUCAAAUCGGUCGAAGAAGACGAGCAAAUGGCCGCCGAUUUCGCGUCAGAGGAAGAACACGCCGAGCGGAUACGAAAGAAGGUGGAGACCGUGCGCAAGCUCAUGAUCAUCAUGAAGAAGCUCAGGGAGGAGAAUGUGAGCCAGCUUCCGGCCCAGGAGGCCGUCGAGGAUCUCAAACAGAGGCGCAUGGACCGGAACCUGUCCGUGUUCGAGCGGGCGCUGCGAAUCGACAAGAAGAACGAAGCGCGGCCCAAGGUCGACCGCCUCUACCGCACCCUCUGA